GUGUGUGUGGUGGCAAUCAAACAAUGACUGAUGCAGAGUAGAUAUGCUUGCACUGGCACACACACACACGCAAACAGAGAGCAUGUCAAAGAGCUAGCAAUACCCAGGCAUAUGCUUCCAGACAAGCUGGUGGUGUGAAAGAGCCUGACCAAGUAAACACAGAGAACAACCAAAAGAAAGAAAGAACGAGAGAGCGAUAGAGGUGGAAAACACGAGGUUAAAAAAGGAAGUGAAGAAAGGGCAUGGUCAAAUAACGGCUCAAAGUUGUAGCAGGUUGACUGUUGGAUGCUGAGAUCUGAACCUGAUAGUUUUUCAGCAUGAAAUCCAAGACACUCUGGAGAGGGACUGUACUUUUCAUUUUACUCUACUUCAGAGGUUGUGCCAGUCAAAAUGUGAUGUCUCCGACUGAAGGCGGAGACAACUCAACGCAGUCUGUCAUGCUUGGGACCACACCUGCAGUCACAGGAGAUGAUGUGAAGGUAGUGGUAUUUACGGAGGAAUCUGGCAUUACUCCCCAGACUGGCACAGAAAGACAGUCUCCUAAGAGUAGCACUGCUGCUGUUAGCAGCAGCUCAGUAAGUUCAACCAGUACCCUUCUAACUUCACCACGGAACACUCUAACUUCACCACGGAACACACCCGAGCAAUGGAAAGAAGAAUGGGAUUUGCCCUUCGACUAUGAUUAUACGUUUCUGAGGACACUGGGGUUAAGCAUUGCGGCUGUUCUCUUCCUGUUUGGCAUCAUGGUGAUCUUGUGUGGCAAAAUGAGAUGGAUACCUCGCUGUCGCAGCAAACGACGAUCCUACCAGAUGACUCGAAUGUAACCAAGGCCCUGGGGCAAUAAACCCUUGUGCAACAGGAGACCAGUGGCUUGAGACAGGCAGCCAGUCAGACCUGUUCUUGUUGCACUUUGUGCACAUGUGUCCUUCUAACAUAAACUUCUUUGUCAAAGAGAAGAUGGAGAGAGAUGCCAAUUUGUUCAAAUGUCCUAAUGCUUUGUGUGUUUGAGCGAGCGAGUACAAGUGUGUGGCUGUAUUUGUACAGUGUAAGCCCAACCUCCUUAUUGGUAACAAAAGCGUCUUGGAGGCAGAAUGUUCUGAACCAUCUUGCUGCAUUAAACUCUGGCAGCAGUUCUCAAAAAGGCAUCUGUGCCUUCUACACCUCUCUUCACAGUGGAACAGUAUCAGCUCUGCGUUCCCCUCCAACAACACUCUGCAGUUGUGGUUCCAUUAAUACACUGCGUUUAUCACAUCUUUAAUAAUGUUUUUUUUUUUUUUUUAAUGGGGGGGCGGGGGAAGAAUCUACAGCUCAAAAGUGCCCCCAAGAGGUCAAAAAAGGACUACAGUUCUUAAGCAAGGAACUAAGCAGUGUUAAAGAAGGAAAUAAAACUCUUCUUUGAACUUGA